CUUUGAAAACUUCCGCGACCUGUGUAUGAGCGCGUACAACCUGGACGCCGCUCAUUAUUUCAGCGCCCCAGGCUUGAGUUUUGACGCGAUGCUUAAGUUUACCGGUCAAAAGCUACAGUUAUUGCAUGAUUACGACAUGUUGCUGAUGUUCGAAAAUGGUUAGUAUAUUAUUUUUAAAAUAUAUAUAGGAUUAUUAUUAUAUACAUAUUUUUUUUAAUAGGUAUACGUGGUGGGUUGGUGCAAGCUAGUAAGAGGUAUGCGAAGGCGAACAAUAAGAAGACCCCGGAUUACGACGAGACGAAGGAUAAAUCAUGGAUAAUUUAUCAGGACUGUAACAACUUGUAUGGAUGGGCAAUGUCUCAGUACAUGCCAUACGAUGGAUUCAAGUGGGUUGAACCCACAUUGAAUGGAUUAGAUGAUUUGAAUGACACCUACCCCAUAGGUCGAGUGUACGAGGUAGAUGUGUCAUACCCACGACAUUUGCAUGAUAAGCACAAUGACCUACCCUUCCUACCGCAAAAUAGUGUGCCAAGUGGUUCGAAGGUAAGGAAGUUGAUGGGAACGUUCGAGGAGAAAAAAAAUUAUAUCAUACAUUAUAGGAACCUACAGCAGGCGAUUAAGAAUGGACUUAUAGUUGAAAAGAUUUUUCUGAUUUUUACAGUACAUAGAGUAAUACAAUUUAACCAGUCUGACUGGUUGGCUAAAUAUAUAGAGUUGAACACCGAGAUGAGGAAGAAGGCGAGGAAUGAUUUUGAAAAGGACUUUUUUAAACUUAUGAAUAACGCUAUUUUUGGAAAAACAAUGCAAUCGAAGAGGAAGGAGAUGAAGAUGGAGUUGGUAUCGUGUGAGAGGAGGUUACAGAAACUUAUUAAUAAGUGUACUUUUAAACACUGUACAAAUUACAAUGAGAACCUUAUGGUCGCCCUAGAGAAUAAGAUUUUAGAUUUGAUAAACCUAUUUAUAUUGUGCUGGACAUAUCUAAGACAUUGA